AUGUCCAACAAGCGGGAGUCUGUGGUGUUUCUGCUGGAUGUGGGGCCCCGCAUGCACCCCCACGUGGCCCACGCCGCCCGCGCCGCCGGCGACUUCAUGACCCAAAAGGCAAGCAGGCGGGCCAGGCCGACGCCUGCAAUGCUGCACAAGGUGAAGGACGAGGUGUGCCUGCUGCUGUUUGGGACCAGCAAGACGGACAACCGGGAGCACACCAAGUCGGCGAUGGAGGAGGGCGGGGAGGGGGAGUAUGCGCACAUCGUGGAGGCACACGACCUGGCCCCGCCGGAGGCCAGCUACAUCAAGACCCUGCACACCCUGCAAGGCGGCCAGGGGCGGUCGGACUUCAAGGAGGCUCUGGCGGUGGCGGCGGCGGUGCUGGUGCAGGAGCGUGAGGCCGCCUCCGCCAAGCGCAUCGUGCUGGUGACCAACCUGUGCAGCCGGGCUCAGGAUGACCCUGAUGACGCCCUGACCAGCUGCCUGGCGGAGGGGCUGCAGCACCAGGGAAUCUUCCUGGACGUGCUGCUGCUGGAUGUGCCGGAGGACGAUGAGCGGUACGAGCAGGACAAGACGUACAACCUCAACCAGGUCGCCGCCAUCUGCCAGGAGCUCUCCCACCGCGAGCGCCACUUCUCUUCGGCCCUGGCCCUCACCGGCGCCUUCCCCGCCCACGAGGUGCUGGCGCGAGCCUACUACUCUGGAGUUCUGUCCAUCGGUACCAAGCUCAACAUCAAGGCAGGGACAGCUGGCUUGUACAGCUGGCUUGUCAAGACGGCGGGCAAGGCGGACAAGGAGAAAUUCCCGGCAGCCGGGCGGGAGAGCACGGUGGUGGAGGGGGUGGUGGAGGCGGCACUGGAGGGUGUCGACACGGGUGUGCCGCGGGGGCGAGAGUACUAUUACGUGGAUCAGGAGGAGCACGGCCCCGAGGAGGUGCCGGAGCAAGAGGUGGCCAGUGCCUACCGGUACGGAAUCAACCUGGUACCGUUUGAAGCCGACCAGAGGCGGGACCUUGCCUUCCCGACUGAGAGAGGGAUGAAGCUGAUAGGGUUCCUGCCCGAGGACGCGAUACCUCGCCACCUGUACAUGGCGAAGUGUGAUGUGGUGGUGGCGGACAAGGCCAGCCAGGCCAGCUGCGUGGCGAUGGCAGCGCUGGUGGCGGGCAUGCGGCGGCAGCGCCAGAAGGCCAUCCUGAGAUGGGUGGCCAAGGCUUACUCGCGCCCCGAGCUGUUCCUGGCGUCGCCGGUGCCAGCUGGCGCCACGUCAGCGCCCCACCUGCUGCUCAACGCCCUUCCCUUUAUGGAGGACUUGCGAGACUACCGCUUCCCCUCCUUCACCAAGAAGAGCUGGGAGCCCAGCGAGGCGCAGGUGGAGGCUGCCGCGGCGCUGGUGGCCAGCAUGAGCCUGGGGCAAGGCGACCUGGAGCAGCUGCUGCCGGAGCGCACCCCCGACCCGGCACUACACCGUCUGUACUUCGAAUGUGGGCGGAGGGUGGCCGACCCGGAGGCGCCGCUGCAGGAGGAGGAUGAGCUGGCCAGCGAGGUGCUACUGCCCCACCCCGACCGCCUGCCCGGGGCGGAGGCGGCUCUGGAGGCCGCUGCCGCCGCCUUCCCAACGGAUCAGGCAGCCAAGGCCAGCCGCCGCGCGGCGGCCAAGAUAGGGCUGCAAGACCCGGCGGGCGACUUUAGGAAGCUGCUGGCCGAGGGGGGCGACCCCCACGAUGCCUUAGAUGCCCUGGCCACCGCCGUCGUGCACCUUGUGUUUGGUUCCAUGGGCAGCAGCAAGUUCCAGCAGGGCGUGCAGCUGGUGGACCUUCUGAGGGAGGGCUGCGUGGAUGCCAAUGAGCCCUCUGUCUUCAACGACUUUCUGGAGGUGGUGGAGAAGAAGUGCAAGCAGGAUGAGACGAAGGCCGACUUUUGGAAGUGGCUGAGCCGGCGGGAGAUCAAGAAGAUAGCCAAGGACGAGGCGGGCGCCAGCCAGCUGGAACCCAGCCAGGCGGAGGAGUGGUACACGCAAAAGGCGCAGGCCUGA